AUGGCUGUGUCCGUCUCGACGGCGCCGCUCCCCGCGCUCCCGGCGCUCAUGCUCCUCCUCGCGAGCCUCUUCGCGGCGCACCUCGCGCCUCGCGCGGCAGCUGAACGGCCCUUCCCCGCUGUAGUAACAUCUGCUGAGCUCAGCUCCUCUGCGGAGUCCGCGGCGCCCGUUACAAGCACGUCGUCGUUUGUCACGCACGUGCGCAGGCAGCUGCUGUUCGAACGGUACAGCUGCGGCCGCUCGCCGCUCAAGGGGUACACGUCGUCGAAGCGCCUCGCCUCUGGCCUCGUUCUCCACUGGAAGGCCACGAGCGGGCGCAAGAUCAAGGCCGCUGUGGUGGCCUCAGGAGCGGCUGCAGGGGGGUGGUUCGCAGUGGGGUGGUCUCCCAAGGGGAAGAUGGACGGCAGCAACGCGGUUGCCAUGGAGGAUAGCAACAACCCUCCUGGCGUGUACGAUCUUGAAGGGACCUCCGCUGCGAACGCUGCGUCGUGGACCGUCGGAUCGCCGUCGAUCUCGAGUGCUGGUGGCAAGGUCACGAUGAAGUUCAUCAAGAACAAGGGGGAUGGUGCGUCUGUGAAGGUGAAAGCUAAUGGCAACAACAACAUUGUAUGGGCGUAUGGCGAUGGCACUGCAGUUUCCACACACACCAACCGGUAA